CCCCCCUCACAUUUUAUCUGCCGCGAACUACAAUAAAUAAUUCGGUGUAUUGUCCGUCCAGCGAAUCGUGUGUUUUGUGUUGUAUCGUGCAUGCACGUCGAUUACUGAUUGCUGUCUUGCCGUUGCCCGUUAUACGAUUGUAAUUCCGUGUACGAUAUAUUCGUUCCGUACAGUUCGAUCCAUAGAUACGAUAUGGCCGACAAAGACAACGAAGAAGUCGAAGCGACGAUUGCCGACGAGGCGGUGGUGAUCAAGUACAAAACUGCUGGAGAGAUCGCUAACCGAGUUCUUGUUGAAAUAAUAGAAAAAUGUGUAGAAGGUGCAUCAGUUCGUGAUGUAUGUAUAUGGGGAGAUAAUUUAAUAAUAGAAGAGGCUAGUAAAGUAUUCAAAAAAGAAAAAGAAAUGAAAAAAGGUAUUGCUUUUCCCGUUUGUAUAUCUGCCAACAGCUGUAUUUGCCAUUUUUCACCUAUUACAAGUGAACCAGAUCAUACAAUUGCAAAGGAUGAUGUUUUAAAAAUAGAUUUAGGAGUUCAUUUAGAUGGUUUCAUUUCUAUGAUUGCCCAUACUAUUGUUGUAGGAGCUAAUUCUGAAAAUAAAAUCACUGAUAAAAAAGCUAACUGUUUCUUAGCUGCUCAUUAUGCAUCUCAAGCAGCAUUAAGACUGAUGCGGCCUGGCAAUGAUACAUAUCAAAUAACUGAUAUGGUAAUGAAAGUUUGUAAAGAAUUUGAUUGCAAACCAGUUGAAGGUAUGCUUAGCCAUCAAUUGCAACAAUUUAAAUUAGAUGGCCCUAAAACAAUUAUUCAAAAUCCAAGCGAAUCACAUCGUAAAGAACACGAAAAGGCAACAAUUGAGGCUAAUGAAGUCUACGCUUUAGAUGUUCUUGUAAGCACGGGAAGUGGUGCUGCACGAGAAACAACUGCUAAGGUGUCUGUUUUCAAAAAAACAGAUGAAGUUUAUCCUUUGAAACUUCGAGCAUCUAGAAUUUUUUACACCGAAGUUAUUCAAAAACACAGUAUAAUGCCAUUCAAUUUGAGAAAUUUUGAGGAUGAAAAGAAAGCAAAAAUGGGCGUUAUGGAAUGUGUAAAUCAUAAACUUAUUGAACCUUUUCAAGUUCUAUUUGAAAAAACAGGUGAAACUGUAGUUCAAUACAAGUUUACAGUUUUAGUAACAGCCAAUGGACCUGCUCGAAUAACAGGAUUACCAUUUGAAGAGGAUCUUUAUGUGCCUAAUUUAUCCAUUAAAGAUCCAGAAAUAUUGAAUUUACUCAAAACAUCUGUAAAUCAAAGAGGUAUUUUGCAACCUGUUAAAAAGAAGAAGAAGAAGCCUCAAAAGAGUGGUAAUGCAGCAAAGGGAACUUGCAAUAUGGAAGUUGAUCAACCAUCUAAGACAGAAACGGGAGUUGAAAAUAUGGAAGUAGAUGCAUCUGCUUAACAAAUUUUCUUUUCAAUUUUUUAAGAAUUAUGUACAAACAUGUUUUACACAUGUUAUGUGUAUGACACAAAUUUACAUUGAAUUACGAACUUCAAAUAAUUUAAAGAUAAAUCAGUAAAUUAAAAACUGUUAUAAAAUGUUAAUUGACUUCUAUGAAGACAAAUCAUUGAUCUAUAGAAUUUCAAAUUAAUCUUGACCGAUAUAUAUUUAUGUAAGAACAUUAUAAACUAUUUAAAUUUUAAAAUUAAAUCCGUUGUUGAAUCUUGGAAUAAAAUUUUAAGCAUAGUUUACUUAAAUAAUGUCAUCCAACAGCUACUUGUAAUUUAUUUGCUUUUAUUAUAAUAAAAGAUGUAAUUCAUUUCAA